UCCCUCCGCCUUCCCUCCCACUCCACUGGGCCGCGAGGAAGUCGCAAGAUGGCUGAUGUCGCUUGGAAGUAAUGUUCCCCUCUGCAACAUGAAGCCGUGAGUGUGGAAGAAAGCGAGGGAGGCACCAUCGGGCUUUUAUUUUUAUUUUCUUUUAGUUACUUUUCUUUUAUUUCGUCAAACAUCCAUCUCAUUCCGCGUCGUGUCCGCCCCGGACUUGUCUUCGGGAGUUGACGCGUCAAAUCACGCCGGGGACCCUGCCAGCAGCAGCUAACGGCUAGCCUCACCGUUAGCAAAUAUCAGUACAGCUCGUCAGUCAGCCAGUCACACAGCUUGUUAGUUUGUUUUUUAUCUCCAUACUUUGACACCGGCGAGCCACCAAGCUGCGCUACACACGCGCUGACAUUUUGCCUGAGGUAGAGCAGAAUAAAUGUCCAAAUAUUUAAUCUAUAACGAUUUUACAAGCUGCUCGGUUUAACAUCAUGUCCGCGAACUGGCCAUCCAGCCUGUGGGUUGCUAACUAAUGCGCAGUAUUGAGUCUGUUUAAUGUGCACAAACCAGCAGGAUCAUUAUUUUUGCAGGCAUUUCUCAGUAACAUCCACCACCCGGUUGCAUUUCCGUUACUUGCUACCAACUACAUUUUGGAAGCCGGUUACGUUAAAGCCAAAUUAUGGGAGCAGGAAAUAUGUGGAACUUUUUCUGGUUGUAGGUAGCUACACUGGCCUUGCUGGCAUCUCACCAAAAAUCCACAGGGAUGGACACUAAACUGAGCACCCACGACCAAAACUGAAAAAAAUUGGCAUUUCGAUACCUCGGAAUAAGUAGAGUUGGCUGACAGGCUUGUGCAGCAGUGCAUGGUGACUCAUUUCACUAGUCUGGGUGACAGAUAAGUUGUUUUGCAGGGUUAACUAAACUACAGUUAGUCACUACAUCGGAGACUAGUUAGCUUGCCUGAAGUGCACAGCUAGCUACAGUCUCGCCCCACAUCACAUUACAAACACGGCGUACAGAACGUAUUCAGAGCCCGCUCCCGGCCAGACACACAGGCUCAACAACACCGUCAUGGGAGUGCAGGGUUUUCAAGAGUAUUUAGAGAAGCGGUGUCCCGGGGCCGCAGUCCCGGUGGACCUCCUGAAGCUUGCCCGUACCGCGGCCCGCCAGCCCCCUCACCACCAUCAUCCACACCACCACCCACAUCACCCCGGGCCCAUGCCUCCCCCGCCCCCGCCUGCCAGGAUCCUAAUCGACGCUGACUCCGGCCUGCAGCGCCUCUACGGCGGUUACCAGACGGACUGGGUGUGCGGGGGCGAGUGGAACGCCAUGCUGGGCUACCUGGCCGCCCUGUCACAGGCCUGCCUGUACCAGGGUGGCCUGGAGCUGGUCGUGGUUUUCAACGGCACUUUGGGGAAGGAGCGCUGGCCCGAGUGGGCGCGGCGAGCUCAGGGCCAGCGACAGACGGCGCAGCUGAUAGUCAACCACGUCGGCAGCAAGGCCACCCCGCCUCCCCGGGCAUGGUUCCUGCCCCCGGCGUGCCUCAGCCACUGCGUCCGCCUCGCCAUGUUCCGCUUCCGAGUGCGGGUUGUACAGACUUUGGAGGACCACCACCAGGAAGUGCUGUCUCUGUACAGAGACUACGGAUUUGCCGGUCUGAUCGCUCAGGAUUCUGAGUUCGCCCUCUGCAACGUACCCGCCUACUUCUCCUCGCACGCGCUCAAACUGAGCUGGAACGGCAAGAACCUGACCACACACCAGUACCUGCUGUCUGAGGCCGCCAGGCAGCUCGGGCUUAAGACACAGCACCUGCCCUGCUUCGCUGCUCUGCUGGGAAAUCAUAUUCUGCCUGAUGAGGACCUGGCUGCCUUCCACUGGAGUCUGCUGGGACCAGAACACCCACUAGCUUCUCUCAAGGUGCGAGCUCAUCAGUUGGUGCUGCCGCCCUGUGAGGUGGUGAUCAAGGCCGUCUCAGAGUACGUCUCCUCCAUCAAGGACCUGGGAAACCUCGACGCCAUCGCCAGAGAUGUCUUCAAACAGUCACAGUCACGUAUGGAGGACAAAGUGGAGAGAUUCAAGAAAGCUGUGGAGUAUUUCUCAGCUGCCUCCAAACCACGCUCGCCCAACAUGGGGCCCUCCUCUUUCAUCUUACCUGGGUUUGGACCCACUCCAUUUGGGGGACCACCUGGCCACAUGGGACCGAUGCAGCCUGGAAAGAAUCAGUUCCCUCCUCCCCAGGUUCCAGGGUUAAAGCCACCCUAUCAAAAUGCUCCAUAUGGACCUGGCUCCACCCCUCUGUUCCAGAACCCGCCGCCGCCGUCCCAAGACUGCAAUGAUUCACUGACAGGCAAGAUGGGCUUCUCUGACUGGUCAGCUCCAUAUGAUUCCACUCAGGGGGGAAGUCGAUUACCCAACCAUCACACCGGCAGUCAGUCUGGUCCCUCUCCGUCGCCUUCCUCGUCAUCAGAUGGAGAUGAGCCCAACGACAGCAACGCAAACCAUUUGACGGACAAGCCCUCUCGGUGGGAGGAUCCCGCUGGAAGGGGGGGCUCUGCCUCUGGAGACGGUUCCCAAGGCAACGGGAGCGGGUCAAACAUUCCGUCACUGCUGUCUAUGGCGACGCGGAGUCACAUGGACAUAACCACACCCCCUCUGCCUCAGGUCAGCGCUGAGGUUCUACGUGUAGCCGAACACAGACACAGAAGAGGACUGAUGUAUCCCCAGAUUUACCACAUAUUGACCAAGGGAGAGAUGAAGAUGCCAGUGUGUAUAGAGGAUGAGUGUAACUCUGAGCUGCCUCCUGCCUCUCUGCUGUUCCGCGCUGCCAGACAGUAUGCCUACGGCGUCCUCUUCAGUCUGGCUGAAACGCAGCGCCGCCUGGAGAGGCUCGCCCUCCGAAAGAGGGCUCCCCUGGAAGUUCCUCCAGUGAUUGUCAAAGAGUGGAGCAGCGGUAAGGCCAAGUCAGCCCUGACCCCAGAGCUGGUUCCGGCCCUGUGCUUCCGGGAGUGGACCUGCCCCAACCUGCGGCGCCUGUGGUUGGGUCGUGCCAGCGAGGACCGCUCGAGGAGAACCAGGGCCUUCCUGGCCUGCCUUCGCUCCGACUGCCCAGCCCUCCUCAACCCAGCACAGGUUCCACAGCAUCUGCUGCUCAUGUGCUGCGUGCUCAGGUAUAUGAUGCAGUGGCCUGGGGGCAGGAUUCUCCAGAGACAUGAGCUAGAUGCCUUCCUGGCCCAAGCUGUUUCCAGCCAGCUCUACGAACCUGACCAGCUACAGGAACUCAAGGUGGAGAAGGUGGAUGCCCGUGGCGUGCAGCUGGCUGCUCUCUUUAUGGCCGGCGUUGACACAGCGCUGUUCAUCAAUGAUGUGUGCGGCCAGCCGUUGCCGUGGGAACACUGUUGUCCCUGGGGCUUCUUUGACGGCAAGCUGUUCCAGAGCAAACUGGCCCGGGCCGCCCGCGACCGGGCCGCCCUGCUGGACAUGUGUGAGGGGCAGGAGGAGCUGGUGUCCAAGGUGGAGAAGAUGCGACAGGCGAUCCUCGAGGGCAUCAACCUGUCCCGCCCUCCUCCUCCUCCCCCUCCUCUUCCACCUCCUGCCUUCCUGCCCCCUGCCAUGGUGCCCCCUUUCUACCCCAUGCCUCCUCUCUACCCACCUCGCCCCAUGGGCGGCAUGCCCCCUCAUCAUCACCCGCAUCAUCCACAUCACCCCGCCCAGCACAGACCCAGAGCCUUUCCAGGUAUUCAGUCCAUCCCCCCUCAGGGAGGGAAACUGGAGAUAGCUGGCAUGGUGGUCGGACAGUGGGCUGGGAACAAACCAGUCCGCGGCAGAGGGUUCAACAUGCAGGUGGUGUCAGUGGGAGCAGGGAAAGGGAGGGGUAAAGAGAUUCCAGCAAAAUUAAGGGGAGGGAAAAAGGCAGCUGCCAACAGAACACAGACGUCAUCAUCCCCCCCAGCCAGCAGUCCCCCAAAGCCCUCAGAGGAGGCGGGCUCCACGCCAGAGGUUGCGACUCAGCAGCUGAACGGCAGCUCAGCAGCCUCCGCCAUCGGCCAGUCCUUGGAGCUGGCCCCCCUGGCCCAGCCAAUCCCGUGUGCCUUAGCCAGCAGAGACAACCAAUCAGAGGGGGUGGAAGUGGAGGCCCCCUGUUGCCUUGACGACUGCCCGUCAGACGGAGCGCUACAGAAGGAGGAGUGAUGGCAUCCUUCCCGGGAUGCGCUGCUCUGAGAGAGUUAUCUGUGUUCGACUGCCUUUCCCUGUUUUUGUAGCCCCGCCUGCUAGCUGCGCACAUCAUCACAUGGAGCAGGAGGCGCAGCGAGGCUCCUCCUCGUCCUCCUCCUGCUGCUCCAUGUGAUAGCCUAAAGCAGUUGGCUGUUACUCCCUUUUUAGUUUUCUCAUGUGGUUUUACAUUGUUUUAUGAAGAGAGGUUUUCUCCAUGAGUCUGUAAGCGCCCCACCCCUCAAAAAUCCUAAACGCCUCCCUCCCACACUCAGAGUAAUAUAAGCUUGAAGCCCCACCCCCCAUUACGAUCCACCAUUUUAAACAAGCCCCCGCCCCCCAGCCCCCCACCCUUUUAAAUAUGGGUAUCUGUACAGUUUAAGUUUCUUAAUUUGUGUUUUUUAAAUGGUCCCGUUUGAAUCUCUGCACACAGAUGUUAAGCUUGUGGUUACGGUGACUGAUUGGAUGUGGUUUCCAUGGUUACAGCAUCUAGGCCUGGUCGCCAUGGUCGGUAGUUGUGUGCGUCGACGCGGUUUGUUGCCAUAGCCAUCUCGUGUGAGGUCUGUCUUACAUGAGCUCAGAGACGUUCAGAGUGAUGUUACCAUUCUUCUGUGCAGUGACCCUCACCCACCUCCCAACCCCCACCUCACCCCCUCCCUCACCCCCCAUACUCUGCAGGCUAGCUGCACUGCUAAACACAGUGUUAGCAUGCCUGCUAGCAACAAACCCCUUAGAGACUGAUUGGUUAUCUAUCACUGGAGCACUUCCGCACCACCAUGGUAUUAGUGUGCUAUUUUACUUUGACCUAUGUAGCAUAGCCUAGAGCUUAGCUGUGCUAAGAGACCCCAUGAAUUUAUGCACCUUAAGCCCUAAAGUAUGCAAGAUUUUACCCCGCUCCUCCAAAAAUUAAAAAAAGUGCAUUAUUAUAUUAUCUUCCCACCCCCCUUGUCCCUUUCUCCCAAAGCUUUGAUUGUAUUAUCCCAACAGAAGCACUUGAUGUUGUAUUUACAUAUAAUGAAAUUUAACAAGCCCCUGUGCAGUUGAAUUGACAGUCUGUGAGGGGUGUCCCCUACGCCUGAGUAAAUCAUAAUGACAUGUAGAACUACAUUUAAAGGUAGAGAUCUAUUUGAGAGACGUCAGAAUGUGAACAGAGUGGUUUCAGACAAAGAAGCACUUUGUUUUAAAAAAUGUUUUUAAAAAUAACCACACUGGACAGUCCUCUACCAGGUGAUAAAGAAAUGAAAAACUCUGAGGCACCUUCUGGAGUUUAAGGCCAAAAAGAAUAAUGCUACCCAGCGAAAAGAUGGAGAUGAAUGGUGGAGGGUUGGGUGACUGCUGCCAGGCAGAGUUCCCCCCUCAGACCGGCCUCACACAUUCAAUCGAGAACUUUGCAAUGAAGCUGAAAAGACUCCUGAUCGUCCGCGUCAAGGAUUCCCGGGAGUCAUUUCAGAUUUCUUUAAACACAAAAAAGUUAUUUCCAAAGUAUAUUUUAAAUAAGGCCAGCCGACCGAGGCGGCCGCUGAUAUAAAAGGGGUGUGGCAGCAAAGCCUCAAAGAUCCCUCCACCCUCGGGUGGUGAUUGAGCAACUGUUGUCAUGACGAUAGCCCAGCACCGAGAGCUGUUGCCCCGCAGAGCUCUGGUGUGUCACUUUAGACCAGCAAGGAAGCACCUCCCCGCCCUGAAGCACCUCGGCCACAGCGGAGGCUUCACGGGUCGGAUCACAUGUCACAUGACAGGGGAGAGGGAGGCCUCACGGCGGACCCGAGUGUGCCGCUCACAAUCUGAGACUUUUACAAUACUGAAUUGUUUUAUUAGAGCACCUAUGUUUGUAGAGAAUGAGAUGUGUUCCCCCACAGUAGGUUUCAUCUGACAAUGGAAAUACAAGUAUGUUCUUAUUCUUCUUACCAAUUACUGGUAGCACAACUGCCGAUGUAAAAGCAGUAGACAGACAAAUAUUGCCUGAGAGAUGCUGGCCAUGAACAUUGUAAUCUCUAUAAACGUACCGAGAGGUUGAAAUGAGCUCGUUAGCAAAAGGCAAGUCAACAAGAAGCACCUUAUUUUCUUACUAUGUUGAUGACCUGUGCUCUAUCGUGUGCCACAAAAUUGACAUGGAAAAAAAAGCUCUUAUGAAAAGCUGUUUUUUUUGUUUUUUGUUUUUUUGAAGGAAAGAAAAAAAACCCUGACUAUAUAUGUAAGUGUUAAUGUAGUCGCGUCAGACAUCCCCUCUGUUAUGAACUCAACACAUUUACAGUGAAAAACGCUGACAGUUGACCCAGCCGUGAGUGUAGGCCUACGCUCAUCAUCGCAGGGCCGGACCGCGCCAAGCCGUGCCGCGCCGCACCGCGCCGCCGUCUCUUACACCAACACCAAAUGAAAUCAGAGGUUUUGGACACGUUAGCCGUUAUUGGUAGGGAUUUAAGCAUACGAGAGCUGUAGGUGUUUAUAGGUUAAGAGUAGGUAACAGCGUCGGGCUUAACACAGGACUGUAAUACACAGACACCAAGACUAGGCUAGAGAAUAUAGCUCCACUGGCCGAAAUACUAAGUCUAGAAUUACUAGGAGUCAUAUACUUAACUGCUUUCAACUUUUGACAUUAGUACAAAUAUGUGUAUCGCAACAGUACAUUGUUAGAAGAUGGCUUUUUCUGCGACGAGCCAGAGUGUGAUCCGGUAUACGAUGCCCUCUCUCGAUUCGCUCGCCAGAUAACCAUGACAAAAACACUCACACACACGCACUCUGACUCACACAUACAUUAAACACACACACACACACACACAGAGGACACACACAGGUAUUCAGUUGCAUCUGUUACCAGCAGCAUUCUCUCUGCUUUUGUGCUGAAGUGAUUUUGUGCAGUUUCAGUUCCCAGUGGAGUGGUCGUCAGUUCAUCAGAGAUCAUUUGGUAACACAUUCUACUGACUCUGAAAAAAAAAGUUUAAAAAUAUCCCACAUCCACAAGUUUGCAUGGACGGAUUAAAAAAAAAAAAUACAUGUUAGCGGUGUCGUCAGGUAGGCACAGAGAACAACCAUCUAUACACACAUACACACACACACAACACAGUAACACACACGGACAGACACACACAGAUACAUAGAUGUUAAACCCUGAGUUACACAGUAGCUAGUAUGGAAAAAAAAAGUCAACACAAUACAUGAUGUAGUGUCCCUCUUUUGUCCUUGUCUGUUUUAGUUCGAUAGAUAUUUGAUCAGUGAUUUUUAUGCUUGUUAUCCUAACCCCCGCCCACCUCACCCACCUCACCCAAAAUCCUCCUGCUCCCCCGCCCCGCCCUCACUUCUUUUCUCUGCUCUCAUUUCUUCCUCGUAGAUUACAUGCAUCCACUCACUCACACACACACACACACACACACACACACACACCAUUUAAAGCAGCCACACACAAUUACAGAUGUUUUACACACAGGUUAACCCCCCCCCUCCUCCUCCUCCUCCCCCCCCGGUCACCCGCUGUAUUUCAGUUCUCUUUCACCUCCCUCUCUGCCUCUCCUUUAGCCCGUAGGACCGUUUGCUAUUGGCCGUUUUAUUUUUAUUUUUUGUCUCCUCUCUCUUUUCUCUUUGGGCUGCCCCGCCCCUUAAUCAAACCCAACUAACAGUAAAGGUUAUAUUAACGUUGAUAAUCAGUUUCUGUAUGUAUCUAGCCAGAGUCUGGAAAAAAAAUCAGAAAAAAAAAUCAAAACUGUUUUAUUCAAUUGUGCAAAUGUGUUUUUUCUUACUAUUUUUAAUGUUAUUACAUCUUCUAAUCUAAUCCUUCUACCAUUGCUUCAGUUAGUACUGAAAUACGCUUAGCCAACCUAGAGAUUUGAACUGUAAUGAUUGCGAUUUUCCUUACCUGUAUUUUAUAUGGCAUCUUUAGACCACUUCACCAUUUAUUAUGUACGUUAAGUAAAUAUUGCCCGUUUUUUUUUGUUUUUUUUUUCUGAAUUGAAAAUCGUUGUCUGCACUAUGUUUGAUUCUCAUAAUAUCCCUGAUGACGAUUUCGUGGUCGACUCAUUAUCAAUCGAAGCUGAACUCUGCGCCCUUGCACAAAGCAGCGAAACAUCUCUUGUAAACACCUGAGAACCAAAGUACACCUAGCAUCCCCCUUUCUUCCCCCUAUAAAGUCCGCCACCCCCCACCCUAACAUCGACAGUUUGCCCCCCCCUCCCCGAGUAACAAGUUUUCUGAUGAGUAUGAUUAUAUAUAUAAUGACAUUACAGCACGUGUGAUUUAUCUGACAAGUCUGUGAGGUUAACGGUGUUUUUUUUUUUUUUUUUUUUUUUUUACACUGUGGUUGUUGUGGAGACGCAGACAGACAGGGAAGAAGGAACAAAGUGUCUUUGUGGACGGCGAGCGAGCGGGCAGGUUUUCAGACAGCCAAGUUUGUUUGCAAGGCAUCGUGGUAGAUUCACUGCUCGCUCUCGCUCAGUCGUAAAAGCUCUUCAUUGACUGAAUUCAGGCCGUGUGAACCAGUCGCACACGCUCAUAUUAGAUCUACACUAAUACACAGGAAGGAAACCUGACACCUGACAAAUGUGCUUUCAGUCACGCUGGGGUUUUGGCGCCCUCUUUUUGCAUUUUCUUACCUGUAAUUUGUUGUGCUCUCUCAAACUUGCCUUUUAAACUCCCCUGGACUCAGAUUGACAGAGCACACUGAGCUAAACUGAGUCUCUUCAUACUGUCAGUGGGCAUGGAGGCUGUGAAAAGUGGCUGGAUUUUCCUCAAAACACAAAUCUGAGACCAGCUGGCCUUCCGAUGAGAUAAGAUAAUCCUUUAUUAGUCCCACAAUGGGGAAAUUUACAUCGCUGCAGCAGCAUAAGUGAUUGAAAAAGAUACAAAGACAUAAAUACAAGUAAAGGCAAGAUAAAAACAAGAUAAGGCUAUAAAAAUAUACACAACAGUAUAAACAUGACAAUGUAAUAAAAAAUAUUAACAGAAGAGAAAUAUACACAGGAGUUUAUACAUAGACAGAAAAUGAAUACAGGUAUUGCACAUUUGAAAAUGGAAUUCCACACAGUGAGUGACUGAUAGCAGCUGUUUUGAAUUGAUUAAAGUGCAGAAACCUAGUGAAAAAUGGUCCAUGUGAGUAUGUGGUGAACUAGGAGCAGUGCUGGUUGAAGAGUCUGACAGCAGCAGGAAGGAAGGACCUGCGAUACCUCUCCUUCACACACUUUGGGUGAAGCAGCCUAUCGCUGAAGGAGCUGCUCAGUGCUGUCAGACUGUCCUGCAUGGGGUGGAGCUCAUUGUCCAUCAGGGAUGAUAGCUUUGCUAUCACCCUCCUCUCACCCACCACCUCCACAGGGUCAAGGGGCGCCCCAGGACAGAGCUGGCUUUUUUGAUAGAUUUCAUAUUUAAAUUGAACAUUAAUCGAGUAGUCGAUCGAUGGGAAAUUAAAGGGCAACUAUUUUGAAAUUCACUGAAUCAUUUUUCAACUAAGUUUCCGGCUUUUUUGGUGGUGAAGAUUUGCUGUAAUUCUUCUAGGGCUGCAGUGAUUAGACAGAAAAUCAACUGUUUUCAUAGCCAAGACGCUUUAGUCAAGCAGUUGCAGGUUCCAGCUUCAUUAAUGCUUCGUUUCUUUGCCACAUUUGAUGGUAAACUGAGAAUCUUUUGGUUCGGAGCUGACGCUUGAAUAAAACAAGUCAUUUUAAUUCAUCAGAUUUGGGCUGCAGGAAUUUGUAACAGGCAUUUUCAUCAUUUAAUUUUGCACAAAACAAUUAUUGAGCGCCCUGAUUCCAACCUAAAGUUCUUUGCUCUGUGUGAAAGUAAAAACUCUUUUGGGAUUUUGACUGCUAAAGAUGUCAGCUUAGGUUUUUGUAAAUUGUCAUGCACGUUUUUCACUUCUUUUUUUUUUUUUGACGAACUAUCAAUUAAUAGAGAAAAUAUUGUACAGAUUAAUCAAUAAUGACAGUAAACAGAAGUUGCAGCCCUAAAAGACUUACUGCCAUGGUCUUUGUCAUCCAUAUGAAUUCAUUUCUAUGCUCCGUUUCUUCUCUAAGGCAGCAACAAACGAUCUCAGCCGAAGUGACUCGAGGAAAAUUCACCCUCUCAGUGAAACAGUAAAAGUUGUGUCAGGUGGAUUAAAAAGCACCUUGCCUCUGUGCCUACAAAAAUGGGAGCAUCUCUGAAGAGUUUGACGAUGUUAAGAGAACCAAAAGUCCCAGAAUGGAGAUGUACUAUGUAGUAUUGUAGGAAGUUGAACAGUAUUAAUGUCUGUCAUACAGAAUGUGGAGAGGAAUCAUCUGCUGUUUUGUACCUGUUCUGAUCUAUUUGCAGGAAUUCUCACAGCAUUUUGUCCAGUUUGAAUAAAGGUCCCUAUUCUGUCUGUCUCUCUCUCUACACUGCCACUCCCCCCCCUCAACAGCCCCCCAAGCUCUAGUAUAACCCCCCCAGCCCCUCCUCUUCCUCCUCCUCCUCCUCCUCCUCUAUGGCGGAGUUGAAUAUUGUGGGCCUUUUGUCACGUUGGUCAAUCACGCCCUCAGCAACAUGUGUACCAGUGCAUGUACUUCAGUACCCAGAGCCACCCAAAACUACCUGUGCAGCGAAAAGGGUUAAAAUUUAUCCAUAAUAUUAUUGUUAUAGAAAUAUUAUCAUCAUCAUUAUUGCUGUUAUAAUUAUGGUUGGUAUAAUUUGUCAUCAUUGUUAGCAUUAUGGAAGCACCAGACUGUUUGUGGAAAGACGAGAAAAAGAAAGCUUUUUUUUUUUUUUUUUUUUAAUUUGUCUGGCUGUUGGUGGUCUGAUCUCACAGAGGGAGGGGAGGAAUGGUUCAGAAAGAGACAAAGAUGGCAGUCAUGUUUGUACUGGUUGGGAAAUGACUUACAGUGCUGAAAUAAAAUUUAUUCUUUUAGUAAAAAAAGUA